GAGACGCUGGCCGUGCUUUGCAUGGGCUCCGCAUUUUUCGACCUAUUCGGACUGCUACCCAUCAACGAGCCAUCAACCACUGGUUGUGUCUGAUACCGCUCAAGUUUCCGACCACCUGGAUACCGGUUUCAAGCCGAUAGGCCCGUUCUUUGGGUUUUUAUCGGACUUUACAGGCCUCUCGCGUGGCCGAGCGGAGCGCAGGCGCUGGGCCUGAUGCUAGGUCCAGGGCUUUGACGGCGCUUGCGGGCAGCAAGACCGACACCAUGGCAUCGACGCAGCCUGAAAUUGGUCUCCGCCACACGAAUUUGCCGAAUUCUGAAUCAACACUGAGCGGAGUCGCCGAAAAUCCGCUCGAAGCUCAAGAAAUGGAAGCCGACCACCUCGAGGCCACCUCCGACCUAGGGGCAGCGGAAACCGACGACUACGAAGGCGCCUUUAUGCUUCAUGAAGCAGCGGACCCAACAAAUCAUCCGAGGAGUGAGUACGAUUGGACACUCUUCCUGACCAAGCGCCAAAUUAAGGCCCAAAAACGCGGUUUACGGAACGCCGCCAUUUUGAAGAACGGAGAGCCCCAGGCAGGGGCAAACAAUGGCAAGAUGGCGCCAGCGAGUGCCGUCACAACGAGUGACGCAGCUGCCUGCGUGGAAAGCGCGAGCGCACCAAACUCAAUCGGAGGGAGAGCAACGCAGCGGCCUAGGCAAAGGGCGCCACCGCUCCCGAAAAAUGACGCGAAGAUUAUUAUUAGACCGAAGGAUGGAUUGCCGGUGAAGGCACUACAAGGAGCCGAUGUAGCGAAAGCCAUCGGUGCGGCCUGCGGAAACAAGAUUAGAGGCGGCAAGGACUUUAUCAUCAGAUUGCGACUAGGCUCCAACAUCAUAAUAGCGAGCACACCAAGCGACGAGACCGCGAAGAUAAUUCGAGGAAUCACCAGCUUGAGUUUCGGAGGACGCUCCUUUCAAGUCAACACCUACGUAGCGACACCUGAAGAUUGCAAGCGUGCCGUGAUCCACGGGAUAGACGCCGGGACCACGGAAGAAGAAUUGAUGGAAAACUUGACACUUCGCACCCAGGGUGUAACCAUACUGGGGGCCAGAAUGCUGGGGAAGUCGAAGACAGCCCUCAUUACCUUCGACGGACCCUUCAUUCCCAGGAUGGUCAAUUGGUGGGGAGGCGAAUACAAAUGCCACCCAUACCGACCGACGAGGCAAGUGUGCUACAACUGCGGUCAACAAGGCCACAGAUCUGACGUAUGUCCGACGCCGGAUGCCAAGGCCUGCAGGCAGUGUGGAGCACGGAACCCGCCGGAAGGACAUCAAUGCCAGCCAAAGUGCCUGGUAUGUGGAGGUGACCAUGCCACCGGGUCCAGAGACUGCAAGGAGCGCCUGAAGCAGUUCAAGGAGCUUCGCGGGCCGGCCUAUGGCGGGCGGCAAAGCCGCCAAAAGAGCCGGAGCGGGCAGCAGCAGCAGCAGCAACAGCAGCAGCAGCAUCGGAAGAGAUGGCUCAGCUCAGAGGGCGACCAUAGCCAAUCCCGGAACCAGAGCCAGGAGCGGAGGGGGAGUUCGCGGAGCCGUUCACGGAACCGUUCACGAAGCCGAUCACGGACCAACGCUCCCCAGUCGUCCCAAGGCAUCAAGGGAGGCAAGCAACAGCCGCAGCAGCAGCGGCACCAGAAGAAGCAGAAGCCCAACAACAACACUAACAACGGCAAGGAUAGCCAACCGGGAAGGGUCCUGGAAGAGUCCUCCCUGCCUUUUAUUUGUGCUUUUCUCCCUCUCAGCAAUUAUCAACAUGAGUGCUUAAUAAACAAGAAGAUUCCAGCUCACUUUACUUCUGCGUCCGAGUCAAGGACAGGCUGUCGGAGUAAGCGAUUGAAUUAG